AUGAGUUCGUCGCACACUAACAAUGCUUGUUCAUCUAGUCAAUCACAAUCAAUUCAUUCAGCAUCGAUCGAUGAAAUACAUAAUAUUCCAAUGAAAGAUAUAAAUCGUCCAUUACCAUCUGUACUUGAUGAAAAUAAAGUUCAAUCUCUCAUAGAAACUAUUCAAACAAUGGAAUCUGAUCGAAUUCCUCCUAUUGAUGUUCUUUGGUAUGAAGCACCUAAUUCAGGAAAUAAUUAUUUUUUUGCUAUGGGUGGUUGUCAUCGUUGGGAAGCUCAUAAACGUUUAAAUUCUGACACUAUUCGUGCUAAACUUGUUCGAACAACAUUAAAUGAUUUAAAAAUUUAUUUUGGUUCAUCUUUACCAAAUUUAAAAUAA